AUGGGUCGCCCGUCCAAGCAGUUCAAAAAGUUUGCCUCGUCGGGCAAGCUGACCGAGACGAUCAAGAAGCGCCGCACACAAAAGGAGUCGAAGCGCAAGUUUGAGAGCCAGGUCGCGCAGCGCCUGCACCAGCGCGGCGCCCCUCGACCGGAGCACGCUCUGUCCGACGACGAGGACGACGAGGAUGCCGACGACGACAUCAACCCGCGCAAGGUGCAGGGCGGCAAGGUUGCCGGUGUUGCCAAGACGGUCGACGAGCUGUUUGGCGCCGGCGGCCUUGACGUGCCGAUCGACGACCCGUCCGACCUCGAGGACCUGAGCGACGACGAGGACGAGGAAGACGACGACGAGGAUGAGGAGGGUGAGGGCGAGGAUGAGGAGGACGAGGAGAUGGACGAGGCGGCAAUGGCCAAGGCCAUGGCUGAGCUCGAGAAGAAGGACCCCGAGUUCUUCAAGCACCUCAAGGCCGAGGACCCCAGCCUUCUCUCGUUCGGCAAGGGCAAGGGCCGCGCCGACGCCAUGGAGGAGGAUGACGAGGACGAGGACGACGAUGAGGACGACGAGGAUAUCGAGAUGGACGAGGAUGAGGAUGAUGACGACACCCCUGCGCCCAAGAUCAUCGUCACGAUGAAGAUGCUGCGUCUCUGGCGCGAGAGCAUGCUCAAGCGCUUCUCGCUCCGUUCGCUCCGCAAGAUGACCCAGGCGUUCCGGGCCGCCGCUCACAUGAAUGAGGCCGAGGAGGAGCAGGGUGACGGCUCCGAGUCGCGCUACACCAUCCCCAGUGCUGCUGUGUUCAACAAGCUCGUGCUUACCGCGCUGAAGUUUACGCCCGUCGUUCUGAGCCACCACAUGCCCUUCAAGGUCCUCCCCAACGGCAGGAUAAAGCUGCUGCAGGACAAGAAGAAGGCGACGGCGGCCAACCUCGACCGCCUGGUGCUGAGCCACUUCUCGACCCUGCUCCACCUCAUCAAGUCGCUCCCCUCUACUCCGUCGGCGCUGGCCGGCGCGAGCGGCGACGAGGCCGAGGCCGGCGGCCUGCUCGCCAUGGCUGUCGCCGAGUCGGCCAAGCUUCUCCCCUGGGUCCUCAACGCGCGCAAGCACCUCCGCGCCUACCUCAAGGUCCUGCUCGACCUGUGGUCCAGCGCCGGCGACAGCGUGCGUGUCGCUGCGUUCCUUGCUAUCCGCAAGAUGUUCGUCGCUGGCGACGAGGCCGUCAAGGACCUUGCCCUCCGCAACAUCUACAAGUCGCUCGUCCUGCCCAUGCGCCACACCAGCGUCCACACCCUCCCCUCGCUCAACUUGAUGAAAAACACGGCAGCUGAACUUUACAACAUUGAGCCGCAGCUCGCGUACCAGCACGCCUUCACCUUCAUCCGUAUGCUCGCCGUGCACCUGCGUACCGUUGUGCGUUCGUCGACGUCGGGCAAGGGUGGCGAGGACGGUGCCGCGUUCCGCGCAGUGUACAACUGGGCGUUUGUCCACUCCAUCGACUUCUGGUCUCAGGUGCUUGCAUCGGCGGCCAGCGUCGAGACCCAGCGUGCCCGCGGUGGCCUCGAGAGCCCCCUCAAGCCGCUCAUCUACCCGCUCACGCAGAUUGCGCUGGGUCUGGUCCGCCUGCUCCCUUCGUCGCGCUACUUCCCUCUCCGGUUCCAUGUCAUCGCUUCGCUUAUCCGCCUCGUGUCCCUCACCGAGACGUACAUCCCGCUCGCGCCAUUCCUGCUCGAGAUUCUCGACUCGGCCGAGUUCCGCCGCUCCAACCCCAAGAAGGCGACCCUCAAGCCUCUGGACCUCGCGUACAUCAUUCGCGCGCCCGCGGCUUACCCCAAGACCCGAGUGUACCAGGAGACGCUCGGCGAGGAGCUCGUCUACCUCCUUGGCGACUACCACGCUCAGCUCGCCAAGAACAUUGCCUUCCCUGAGAUCACGCUGCCAGUGGUGACCUCGAUCAGGCGGCACAUCAAGCGAGGCACGGCCGGCAGCCCCAAGGUGAGCACCCAGCUCAAGGUGCUUGUCGACAAGCUGGACGCGAACCGCACCUGGGUCGAGGGCCAGCGCCGCAACGUGUCGUUUGCGCCCCGUGACCGCGGUGAGGUGUCGCGCUUCCUCGAGAACACCAAGAUCGAGGCAACACCGCUCGGUGGCUGGAUGCGGAUCCAGCGCAAGCAGCGGGACCAGCGCCGCCGUGAGGUGGAGAAGGCGCUGCGCGAGGAGCGCGAGGAGAGCGAUGACGAGUAAGCGCGGCGGCGUGGCGUGGUGGCUAGAUGGUGGUGGCUUUGGUAUGUGCCUGGUGGCCUAGUCCCAGGCUGUAUGUAUUUCAUGCAUGGUCGAUUCUAAACGUG